CAACCACCAAGCCUAAGCUCAGAGAUGGAAGCAAAUGAGAUCACAGACAGCCCUCAGGCCACCCAGGAUGCAGAGAAACGCCCUUCUUUAAAGGACCCUUCUGCUGAAGACUUGCGUGAGACUGAGACCUCUGAGAGCCUCUUGGAGCCACCUGACUCUGAAACUCCCUUAAAGUCCUUUACCACUGAGAUUCUUUCCACACCAUCCCAGGUUUCCUUCGAGGCCCCAGCCUCUGAAACACUCUCAAAGUCUCCCCAGUCUGUGACCUCUCUAGAAAAAGCCAUCACCGGGAUCCCUUUGGAGAGCCUUACAGAUGAGAUUCACAGAUCUAAGGUCAAAAAAAAGUCUCUUCAGCUCUCACCAGCAGUCAAACUCCCUGCAUCUCCGCGUAAGCUUUCUUCUGCUAAAGGCCCAGAGACCCAGGUCCCUGGAUCUGAACACAUCCCCAAGCCCUCCCUUUCAGGACCUUCCAGCCAGGCCACCGCGGAUACGGAAUCCGCUGCAAAGCAGGAGGAAGCAGGGGAAGAGGAGCCAACAGUGGGGACCAGCACCGUCUCCGCUCCUGCGGCCAAGCCCGAGUCUCAUGUGAGCAAGAAGGAGAAGAGAGUUAGCGGUUACACAAGCCGCCCAGUGGUCCCUGCUAAGCGGGCAGAGCUGGUGGAUAUGGGUAAGGCAAUGCACAGAGAACAUUUUGGUACUCAAGUGGAGUAUCUUUUCCAAUGGGAGAAGGAUUCAACUCUGAAGGCCAUCCAGACAGGUCUUUACAUUGGCUGGCGCUGCCCUCAUUACUUAUGGGACUGUUUCCGGAUUGGAGAUGAGUCCAGGUGCUUUUGUGGACAUUUGUUGAAAGAACACCAGAUCAUCUCAGAUCUGUCGGUGCCCUGCAGUGUGAGCCAGUGCAGGUGCCUCAUGUUUUGUUUCAUCCCAUCACGCCCAGAGGAGGUGGGUGAGUUCUGGCUUAAGAGACGGGCCACCUUCGACCCCAAAGCAUGGAGGGCCCAGUGUCGCUGUAAGCAUACUCAUGAAGAGCAUGCGGCCACCGGAGCGCAUCCCUGCAGGCACCGCGGCUGUGGCUGCAACAGUUUUGAGUCGAAUUUCCUCUGUGCGGCCUGUGACCGGCGCUGGGAGGAACACGAGACUUUCUUCGAAACUGAGGAGACCAGGCGAAGAGGAGGGAGACCUUAUGGGGCAGACACUGUCAACAACUGGCACAGGCCUUUCUGA